UUUAUUGUAUUCUCCUAUUCCAAUCCCCCUCCAACAGUACAUAUAUUCCAAGUCUAGUGUGUCACACCAUUCCAAAGGGAUAGAAAAAGUAGUGCAAGUGCUGCAAGAGCCUCCUCCUCUCCGGAAACUAGAGCCGAUUCUCCCAAGUCCAAAGCCUUUAUCAUAUCGAAGUCACGACGGUUGAGAUGAGCUUUGGGCCUUUUAAGACCAUCGACAAGUGCACGUCGAUCGGUCGUGACCGGCACACGGUGGUCGCCGACUUGGAUGGCACGUUGCUCCGGGGACGCAGCUCCUUCCCCUACUUCGCCCUCGUUGCGUUCGAGAUUGGUGGCAUCCUAAGGCUCCUCUUCCUGCUCCUCGCCGCCCCUCUCGCAGGCAUCUUAUAUUACUUCGUAUCGGAGUCGGCUGGAAUCAAGGUGCUCAUAUUUGCAACGCUCUCUGGGGUGAGAGUUGGCGAUAUCGAGUCGGUGGCGAGGGCGGUGCUCCCCAAGUUCUACUCCAUGGACCUCCACCCUGAGUCAUGGCGGGUGUUCUCGGCAUGUGGGAAGAGGUGUGUGCUCACUGCGAAUCCAAGGAUCAUGGUGGAGGCCUUCUUGAAGGAGUACUUGGGGGCUGACAUGGUGAUUGGGACCGAGAUCGCCACUUACAAAGGCAGGGCGACGGGCUUCGUUCGCCGCCCCGGGGUUCUUGUUGGCGCUAACAAGGCUGCUGCUCUUCGCAAGGUAUUCGGGGAGGCAUCGCCGGAGAUCGGAUUGGGUGAUCGGAAAACCGACUUCGCUUUCAUGAAUCUCUGUCAGGAGGGCUACCUGGUGCCGCACAAGCCGGACAGGGAGGCCGUGGCCCGGGACAAGCUGCCCAAGCCCAUCGUCUUCCACGACGGCCGGCUGGUCCAGAAGCCGACGCCGCUCCUCGCCCUUCUCAUCAUCCUCUGGAUGCCCGUCGGCUUCCUCCUCGCCUGCCUCCGCAUCGCCGCCGGCGCUCUCCUUCCCAUGCGCUUCGUCUACCACGCCUUCCGGGCCCUCGGCGUCCGCGUCAUCGUCCGCGGCGUGCCCCCUCCCGCGGCCGAGAAGUCCCUCGCCCGCUCCGGCGUCCUCUUCAUCUGCUCCCACCGCACCCUCCUCGACCCCAUCUUCCUCUCCACCGCCCUCGGCCGCCCCAUCGCCGCCGUCACCUACUCCGUCUCCCGCCUCUCCGAGUUCCUCUCCCCGAUAAAGACCGUCCGCCUCACCCGCGACCGUGCCCGCGACGCCGCCAUGAUCAAGAAGCUCCUCGAGGAGGGGGACCUCGUCGUCUGCCCCGAGGGGACCACGUGCCGGGAGCCGUUCCUGCUCCGCUUCUCGGCGUUGUUCGCCGAGCUCACCGAUCAGAUCGUGCCGGUGGCGAUGGCCAACCGGAUGAGCAUGUUCCACGGCACGACAGCCAGGGGGUGGAAGGGGAUGGACCCCUUUUACUUCUUCAUGAACCCGAGUCCGGCGUACGAGGUGACGUUCCUCAACAAGCUGCCGCCGAAGCUGACGUGCAGCGCCGGCAAGUCGAGCCACGAGGUGGCGAAUUAUACUCAGAGGCUGAUAGCUGCGACCUUGUCAUACCAGUGCACCAGCUUUACGAGGAAGGAUAAGUAUAAGGCGCUUGCGGGGAAUGAUGGAACGGUGGCUGAGAAGCCUAAGUUUGAGAAGGGAAAGGUGAUGGGGUGUUAGCAUCUUACAUCGAUGUCUUUUUUUGCUUAGCUAUGGAACUGGACAUGUUCUAAUUGAACAACGAUGGAGUCCCAGGUUGUUGAAGCUUAAGGUUAAUUUGAACCAAUAAUUAUUAAGAAGCACUUUCUCGUUAGUUAAGCUAUGUUAGCAUAAUUUUAGGGAUCACGUAAUAAUCUGCAUCACUCAUAAUUUUUUUUUUUUUAUUAGCGUGAUCCUGUAUCAAUCUAUAUUAUUUUUCUUUGAUCUUAUUAGAAUGAUUUUAGAGAUCACGUAACAACCUCUAUCACCUAUAACGUUUUUCUUUGUUAAUGUGAUCUUAUAUCAACCUAUAUAUAUAUAUUUUUCUUAUAGAGAGUAUGUGCAUGAGUAUAUAUAACUUUUGAGAUGUACUGAAUGUAAUGAAACAAAGAAAUAAAAUCACUUUCUGUUGCCUAAAGGU